AUGAAUUGCCCUGCUGCUCACGUGGUCACCAGCUGCUUCUGUAGUAUCUUGCUCACCCGGGCUAUCCUCUUUACCUAUUACCUUCACAAUCCCUUUCCUCCCAAAUCCUGUGGCAGACGGUUGGCCCUAUCAACAAAACUAGACUUGCGUCGAGCUAGCAGCAAAGACAAAAGAACUAUUUUCCAUUCAUACUUUACUUAUAUAGCCAUUUUCGAUGACCUCAUACUUACCACACUCUAUUCAAUUAAACUAACUACUCAAUUCUCUAACCCACGAUGA